AUGUCAUCGAUUGUCCUUAUGAGGAGAAAUAUAGAUAAGGGCCAUGAGAAGAAGGUUAGAUACUAUAUAUUGACAGAUACCAGUAUCUACGACACUGGUCGUCAGAUACUCUGGUUGGCCGAAGAUGAGAACUGCACCAUACCUGGUAUUCUGAAAUUCCCACACAAUCUAUUUACUCAGGCGCAACGUAGCAACGGAGCAAUAGUCAUCCAUGUCUUUGUUUCAAUAUACCUGUGCGGUGCAAUAGCGUACGUCUGUGAAGUUUAUUUUGUGCCUUCUCUUGAACUUAUCUGCACAACGCUGAAUAUCAAAUCUGAUGUGGCAGGGGCCUCUUUCAUGGCGGCCGGAAGUUCAGCUCCUGAACUUUUUGCAGCAUUCAUUGGUACGUUUGUUGUGGAAGACGACAUUGGGAUAGAGACGAUUGUCGGGUCUGCAGCAUUUAAUGUGUUUGGUAUAAUUGGUCUAUGCCCAUUCUUCUGCGAAAAGCCUAUACACUUGGGGUGGUACCCUAUAAUGCGAGAUUCAGUUUUCUGGACUGUCAGCAUUCUAGUGCUGAUAUUAGCCAUUAUGGAUUCACUGGUGAUAUGGUGGGAAGCCGCAAUUUUGUCUGUCUUAUACGCAUGUUACAUACUAAUAAUGUACUUUAAUAGUUACAUUAAUAACUACGUCUCCACUCUUCAAAAGAGAAAUGAAAUUAGCAAAGAGAGUAAUAGUAAUAGGGAUCAGGAGUUGGAAGUUGACGAAUCAACGUUCAUUAUUGAUAUUGUCCACCAGGAAAAGCAUGGAGAUACAUUCGAUUUAUUUUUAAGUGAAACAGAAGAUGAAAAAGGUUAUACAAUACAUCUGUCUGACAACGUGAUGGGAUUUACCUUUCUGGCUUUUGGCACCAGUCUACCUGACCUAUUUGGAUCUAUAUAUGUUGCAAGGGAUGGAUAUGGUGAUAUGGCCGUUGCAAAUAUUAUUGGUAGUAAUAUCUUUGAGGUGCUAGUCUGUCUAGGAUUUCUGUGGUUUGUACGAAUAGCAACCAACAGCAAUUGGGAACCGAUCGAAAUCAGCAGUAACAGCCUUAUUCUUAUGUCUGCUGGCCUCUUUACUACUGUCAUCGUUAUAGUAGUAGCUCUCUGGUUGAAAGACUGGGUACUCGACAGAAAACUAGGUUUAUGGUCGUUAGCCACGUAUGUCAUUUUCAUGACAAUAGUGAUUCUAUACGAACAGGGCCUAUUGGGUUCAAUUGCAGAAUACCCGCUACCCACAUGUCAAGUCGUAUAGGAGUGUUUGUUCUUGUGUCAUGAACGAAUCGUAACAUGCACCAUUCGUCAAAGGAACAUGUAUGUAAGAGAUAUGCCUCAUAUGCAAUUAAUCGUAUCAUGGACUUAUACAUUUUAAAAUGGAUAUUUUAGCUCUGUGCUCGCAUGCAGUUGAACAUUUAGGCAAUAAUAGUUUUAAAAGCCGAAAAGUUAAAAAAAAAAGAAGAAUAUUUCUAAUUAUUGUGUUUUCUAAGAAACCUUUAUGUAAACCUGUUUAGACAUACACUCAGUGAAGGCGCCACGCCGCUAAGGGAAGGGGAUUUUUUACUUUACUGAAUUCGACGUGAGCAGUUGCUUACCACGAUCAAUAUCAGCAAUGUAUUGAUAUAACCUUAUCUCUUAUGGUAUUAAAACGCCGCUUCUUAUAAGUACUUAUUAUUGCUGUUUACAAACAAGCUACAUUAAAUUAAAUGAACGAAGAUAUCAAGAAGAUAACUUAUAUGUAUACUUCGUAACCGGGUACCGUAGCCAUUGAAAUUUUGUAACUAAAACAUUUUGUAACUAGAAUAUUUGGGUUUCAAUAUUUCCAGGUUACGAAAUGUCCGCGGCAGAGUUAGGAAUAAUUACAGGUUACAAAAUGGUUGGGUACGAAAUGUAGACCCCACAACCCCAACAUUCGCAUCGUGUAGGCUAGUUGAUUCUCCCACAAAUUGUCUACAACAGCACAGAGCGCCACUUCAAUUUAAAAUUACCCAUUGUACACUUACAUUGUGGCAUGCACGCAAUAAGGCUUAAGAUGGAUAUAAAAACAGUUUGCAAAUAUCCACAUAAAUCUUGGGAUUCCAGUAAUGAAAUAAGUGAACGAAGCAAGAGGCUCCAAAGAGUACGAGCAAAGAAUACAUGGAAUACUAUCGAAAAAGCGUAUAGCUUGGAUUAGGGAUUAUGAUAAUCGUUUUAUAACAAAAAUAUCAUAUAUGUAUUUUUCUCAUUAUUAUCAUAUUUCAUAUGUAUUUUUAUAAUUUUAUAUAAUAUAAAGCAGGGUCGAUUAAAUUGGUAAAAUAACUGAACUGAAUAACUGACUAACUGAUUAAUAAGGUCUAUUUACAUGGUAAUUUUAUUUAAAUUUCUAAUCAUGUGCAAUAAAAAAUAAAUAAUGACAAUUUCGAAGAAGGGCUUUUAUGUCAUUUUUUAGGACAUGUAUCCUUAGUUAAAGAGGCUCACUCAUGAGUGAAAAAAACAAACUUUAUGAUUUCUUUUAUAUUUUGCAAUUGGUUCUAACACUUAGACGCUCAAUCGCGACCAUGACGUCAGAUUAUAAGAUAUUGUGUUUUAUGUUUUUGAUAUCACCGCCAAGAUAAAUCAUAAACACGACAAUAUCAAAUAUAACAUUGAAUGAAGAAACGCCUGUAUAACAGGAAUAUAAUCGACUGAUUUAUAAGAUAAUGUAUCCAUACACUCCACUCAUGAAAUGAAUAUAUUUACA